AUGUCGAAAUCUCAGAAGACGGAGAGAACAGAAAAACGGAAGGCGACAGAAUCCAUAUACUCUGGGUCUAAAACUUCAAAAAAGAAGAAAGAAGAAAACCAGAGAAAACCACAUGCAGCGGCUGGCCAUCGUCCAGUAACAUCUUGUACACAUUGCAGACAACACAAAAUUAAAUGCAACGCAUCGGAAAGUUUUCCAAGACCAUGCACACGUUGUGAACGGAUGGAUUUAAAGUGCGAAAUAGAUCCAGAAUUUCGUCCAAAGAAGGGAUCACAAAUUCAGUCUUUACGUAAUGAUGUGGAAGAGCUCAGACAUAAAAUAGAGCUCCUCACUAAGAACGAAAGUUUAAUAGCAGAAGCUUUACAGAAGGCAAAUUCUUUACCGCCUAAUCAUGCAUCAUUUCAAAAUAUGAUUAAUGAUGUGUCCAAAACUCCUUCUAGUGAACGUGCUGGAUGUGCUAAUGUUGGAAGGCUGAACGCCCCAUCAGAAAAUGUUAGUGAUAUGCAUAAUCUUCCCAUAAAUUAUAAUUUGAAUAAUUCUUCCAUGGGUUCUCAGACAAGUAAUAUUGACAAAACAGCAGAUAAUAUCGAUGACCAUCCAGUAUCACAUCAAACAGCCAUGGUCACACCAAUAAAUAUGAAUCCUCUUCUCAGAACAAUCAAACCUGGUGAACAUAUAUCCGAGUUUAGACUAGGAGACGUCAAAAUUAGCGUUCAGAAAGUAGACGAACUUCAUGACAGAUUUAUUAAAAACUACCUUCCGUACUUACCAAUUAUGAUUUCAGAUAAUGCUACAGAUCUUUAUCACCAGUCCCAACUUUUGUUUUGGACUGUCAUGUUAACAGCAUGUCUUUCGGAUCCAGAGCCAACGCUAUAUGUAUCAUUGGCUGCACUAAUAAAACAGCUGGCAAUCGAGACAUGCUGGAUUCGCACUCCUCGAUCAACACACAUUGUACAGGCCCUUUUAAUUUUGGGCACAUGGCCUCUUCCAAAUCAGAAGGUUUUGGAUGACUGCUCUUAUCGUUUUAUAGGAUUAGCUAAAUGCCUUUCGAUGCAAUUAGGACUUCAUAGAGGGAAAUUUAUUCAGGAGUUUUCUAGAACUCAAGUUGCCCUUCAGGAUGCAGAAAAAUGGAGGACACGGACGUGGCUUGCUGUUUUCUUCUGUGAACAGUUUUGGUCCUCGAAUCUAGGCCUUCCUCCUUCUCUUCGUGCCGACUACUUUUUAGAAAAAGCACGUUUGGAUCAAACUCUACCCAAGAACUUUCGUUGUCUUCUCAGCCUUGCCAUAUUCCAGUCGAAACUCGUGAAUGUAAUGGGUUUGAACGUAACAAGCCCUGAUGGAUUGAUGGAACCAAGAAAUAGAGCCGGUGCAUUGUCUAUUCUGGAGGGUGAGCUUAAUAGGUUGGCCUUUAAGCUUCAAAUUGAUGACAGUGUUGUUGAGAUAUAUUUCCUUUACGUGCGAUUGAUGGUUUGCUUAUUUGCUUUCCUUCCAGGGACACCAAGCGAGGAUCAGAUCAAAUAUGUUCAAGAGGCCCAUACCUCUGCAACAAGAAUUGUGACGCUGGUUUCCAAACUUCUGGAAAAAAUGCAGUUGACAGAAUGUCCUAUAUAUGUAAGACAUUCCGUGACCACGGCAGCAUUCAUUCUUUUCAGACUUCAGUUAACGGAGUACCUACCGUCUAAAUAUGUUGAUUCUGCUAGACAGUCUGUUGUCACCGUGCAUCGACUGUUUAGAAAUAUGCUUGCUGCAUGGAAAGAUGUCAAUAACGAUAUCAGUCGUACUGCAACUGUUUUAGAGAAAUUGAAUUUUGUGAUCAUUACCCAUCCCGAACUUUUCACGGGGGAAGAAGGUAUAAUUGCAAGAAUGAGAUCCCAUUUGACUGGAUCCUUAUUUUACGAUCUUGUUUGGAACAUUCACGAGGCCAGAAGAAGAUUUAUUGUCGAUCAACAGAACAAGAAGGAAGGAAAGUUUGUAGAAUCAGAAGAAGUGCAAAAUGCAAAGAAAAAGGCAAAACCUCUUCCCUUUUACAAUCAAAUAACCAAGGAAGACUUUAAGACAAUUACAACGACAACUCCAGAUGGCACAACAGUGACAACUUUGGUACCAACAGACCAGGCUAUAACAAAUGCUAAGGCUUCUGCAACUGCUGCAGGUUUAGCAAAGCCUGAUCAGAUUAAUGGAAUACCAUUGGCAAUGCUAGAGUCUACCGGAUCAUUAGGCGGACUUGGAUCCUCUGGAAUGAUAUCUCAAGCGAAAAAUCACUCUAAACGGAAGGGACGUAAAUACAAGAAGAAGAAGGGGCAGGCAACUAUGUCAAAUUAUGGCGUAAGAGCUGAGAAUUCACAAGGGCAGUCUAAGUUUUCCGGGAUACAAAGUAUACCUUCUGUUACUGGAACAUCGAUGGCUGCAGGCGUUAAUGGCAUGGUUCCACCACCACUUUUCCCCACAAAUUCUGGCUAUACAAUUAACGGAAAGAAAACCAGCACUGUAGGCUCUUCAAAUGUCAGUACCGGAAGCUCAACUUCAUCAAACACACCGACAAAUAGUUUUUCCGCAGGAAGAACACCACCUGCACAAAAUUCGAAUUUGAAUGAUAUGUUUAUUGACUCAAUAUUCCAGCAGCAGGGAGGUGACAACUGGACAGAAAAUGGUGACGACUUUCUUGGAUGGUUUGAUAUGAAUAUGUCUCCAGAGUUUUAA